GGCGUUCUACAUCAAGAUCUCACCGACAAAGUUCAUCAACUCUCCCAACAUGACAGAAAAGUACAUGGCAUACCUUGAAGUCCUCGAGUCAGGUGAAGAGGUCAUCGGCGACAUAUAUGAUACCGACGUCUACGAAUGGGUCAUGGCCCCAUUUGAGUCUCUCCUGGUCGAGCUCGUAACUCUUCCGGAAUGUGAUCUAAAAGACAUCAAAAUCACCCUACACGAGCAUCAAUUUCCGGAGUUCUUUGUCUUUGAACUAGACAUCAUUGAUGAAAAGUUAUGUCCUCGACGUGUUGUAGCGGAGACGUCACCUAUGCGUCCGUCUUUUGUAACCUUUGAUGAUGACUUUUUCGAUGACUUGGAGACUUGGACUGCUCUCUACGAUCCCGCUGGAAUAGUUUUAAGUUUCAAAGAUCCUGAGUAUGCGCUGUUCAAGCCGCCAAAUAAGGUUCUCAUCGACGACUGCCGGACUGAGUGUUUCUUUAAGCCGUGCAACUCCGGCGUUCAGAUCAGGCGCGAACUUGGGACCUAUAAAAUGAUUCACGCGGCAGGUUUGGACUCACAGUUCAACUUGUGUCACCUUUACGGCAUCGUCAUGGAUGAAUAUGACUUCACCCUUAGAAUUUUGCUAACUCAUAUUGAUAACCGAGGUUGUCCGCUCUCAACCAAAAUCGUUCUCAAGGAACAUGAUGAUCCUCCGCCUGAAGUGAGACAACGGUGGAUGGACCAGAUUGACGCUGCUGUUUCUGGUUUACAUGACGCUGGAUUAAUCUGGGGAGAUGUCAAUGCAGAGAACGUAUUGAUAGAUCGGGAUAGUAACGCGUGGGUUACUGAUUUUGGUGGCGGCUGUACUAAGGGCUGGGUUGAUAAAGAGGUGGCGGAGACUAUGGAAGGGGAUAGAAUGGGUAUGGCGAAGCUAAGAGAGUUUGUCUUUCCAGCUGCAUCAAAGAAAGGCGGAACAGUAGUGUAA